CGCGUCGGCAUGCGGAACGCCCUGGCAAACGAUCUCGGUCGAUAAAUCCGCUUGACAGGUCUAUAUAUUCCAGUCAACAUCAGGAAUGGAGCUCCUCACUACCCAUCCAACAUGCCUUCUGAACCCGAAUUCGAACAGGCUCUCGGAGAGCUCACGCUCAGUAUUGGCCCCUUCCUCGCAGCCAACCCAUCCUACCAAAAGGCCUUUGAUAUCAUCCAAAUCCCCGAACGAGUACUUCAAUUCCGUGUUGUAUGGGAAGAUGACCAGGGACAAGCACAAGUGAACCGUGGAUUCCGUGUUCAGUACAACUCUGCUCUGGGUCCCUACAAGGGCGGCCUGCGCCUUCACCCCUCUGUCAAUCUCUCCAUCCUCAAGUUCCUUGGGUUCGAGCAGACAUUCAAGAACGCUCUCACAGGGCUUAGCAUGGGAGGAGGCAAGGGGGGCUCCGAUUUCGAUCCUAAAGGAAAGAGCGACGCAGAGAUAAGACGAUUCUGCGUGGCCUUCAUGUCCGAGCUAUUUAGGCAUAUCGGGCAGGAUACGGAUGUUCCUGCUGGCGAUAUCGGUACCGGUGCACGCGAAAUUGGAUUCCUCUUCGGUGCGUACAAGAGACUACGCAACGAAUUCGUCGGUGUCCUCACUGGAAAGGGCGCACACUGGGGCGGGUCCUUCAUCCGGCCCGAAGCUACCGGUUACGGUCUUAUCUACUACGUCGAGCAUAUGAUCCCCCUGGCAUGCCCAGAAUACCCCCUCACGUCACCCACCACUCUUGUUGCCAUCUCCGGUGCAGGCAACGUCGCCCAGUUCACCGCCCUCAAGGUCAUCGAACUUGGCGCGACCGUCGUUUCCCUCUCCGACUCGAGGGGUGCACUCAUCGCUGAAGAAGGAUUCUCAAAGGAGGUCAUUGAGAAGAUCGGCUCUCUCAAGCUCAAGGGAGGCUAUUUGGAGUCGUACGCCGAAUUCGCGAGUGAAGAGAAGUACAAGUACUACCCCGGUCAACGUCCAUGGACACUACUCCCCAAAGUACACAUCGCACUCCCAGGCGCAACCCAGAACGAAGUAUCGCGCGAAGAGGCCGAGGCACUCGUCAAGGCAGGUGUUCGGGUCGUCGCCGAGGGAUCUAACAUGGGCUGCACGGCCGAAGCCAUCGAGGUCUUCGAAACCUCUCGCAGACAGGGCGCUGGCGGAGUCUGGUACGCACCCGGGAAGGCCUCGAACUGCGGUGGUGUGGCUGUCUCUGGUCUUGAAAUGGCACAGAACAGCCAGAGAUUGACUUGGUCACCUGCUGAGGUUGAUGAGAAGUUGAAGGGAAUUAUGGGAAGCUGCUUUGAGACUUGCUUGAGCGCUGGAACCAAGUGGAGUGGCGAAGAACUGACGGAGGGUGUACUCCCCAGUCUGCUCUACGGAGCGAACGUCGCCGGGUUCAUCAAGGUCGCUAACGCGAUGAAGGAGCAAGGAGAGUGGUGGUAAGGAUCUGAGAGGAUACCUUGUACAUAAAAGUUAUUUAACGCGCGAAAGCCUACCUGAUUUGUCUUGUAUAUAGUAAUUAGUAGGCAUGAAAUAUUUAAUGGGAUUGGUUCUUGGUCAUUGGGUUAUGACAUUCUCAACGGG